AUGCGCUUGGCGUAUCUGCUUCAGCUGUUGCCACUCCUAUGUUCCUGCUUCCUGCCCCCAUGCCAAGCAGCCACUAAGGAUGAAGCAUAUCAGCUCCACUCGUUUCUUUUCUCUUCCGUCAACUACAACAAAAAUGUUCGCCCCGUGAGCAACACGAGUCUUCCAGUGGACAUUUUCAUGACGUUCAGUCUGAUGUCCCUAGUUGAGGUGGACGAACAGUCUCAGACUCUGAUCACCAACGCCCGCGUCGACCUGUACUGGGAUGACUCUUUCCUGGAGUGGUUGCCCACCGACUACGGCGGGAUUGAGAGCAUUCUGGUCAAGCAGGAAAAUCUCUGGGUGCCAGACGUCAUCGUUGGGAACAGCGUGCAGGCCCACCAGCAGAUGGGAUUCAAAGAGCUCCCUAUUCGCCUAAAUUAUGACGGACAGUUGCAGUGGUCCCCGAGUGUAUUAGUGGCAACGUCUUGUGAGAUUGUGGUCACUUACUACCCGUUUGACACUCAGAAAUGUUCCAUCGAGUAUGAAACAGCGGUGUCCCUUGUAUCAGAAGUCGACAUCAAUAUCUAUGCGAGUGACCCCGUUGAGACACAAGACUUCAGCCAAGACGGCUCCUGGAAGCUCAUAGACUACCAGGCCGAGAACCUCAGCAAUGAAGAUUCUAAAGCAAAGAUACGUUUUACCCUUUUGCUAGAACGGAGGACGACUUUCUACGUAGUGAAUAUCAUCUUACCGACAUCAGUGCUUGCCCUCUAUCUGACCAUUCUGCUCGGGUAUACAGCCUUCAGCGUCGUGGUGUCCGUCCUCAUCCUGCGUUUACAUCACAAACCGGAAACGGAAGCCGUGGGACCAAAGUUCAAAGAGUUCGCAACGUUUAUCCAAAGGAUCACCUGUAAGCGCCCGGAUCAUCAGUAUGAGUCUCCUAAGGCGAGAAACACCGUGGGUCCCGGACCGAACGAUAGGGGCUUGCAGGAUGAGAUGAAACCACGCCGGAGCCGGGAAGGUGUUCCGGCCAGGGAUGUCAGUCGAGUGAGUGAGCCACCCGUCUAUGAGGAACCGAUGACAUGGCAGAAAGUGGCGCAGACUCUUGACUGGUUCUGUUUCCUGCUGUUUACAACACUGACCCUGUUGACCACUGCCGUGUGCAUGUUGACGCUUGUCCUAGGCGGAGCAGCCAACAGGCCCUCCAUCCGAUAA